AUGUAUAAUAAUAAAAGGUCAUUAAAUUAUGGAAAAAAUUAUAUUUCUAAUAAUAAUAGUUUUAUUUAUAAUCAAAAUAAUUCACAAACAACAGAUGAAGCUAGUACGCUAAAAUGUGUAUUUGUUGGUGAUGCUGGUGUUGGAAAAACUUCACUAAUUGUGGCUUAUACUACAAAUGGAUAUCCAUAUUCUUAUACACCAACAGCUUUUGAUAAUUACUCAGUAACUGUAUGGGUUGAUAACAAACCUAUUAAGCUAGAACUUUCAGAUACUUCAGGACAGUCAAAAUUUGAUACACUUCGAACAUUAUCAUACAAUGAAGCUGAUGCAUUUCUUCUUUGUUUCAAUAUAAUGAAACCAUCUAGUUUGAAUUCAAUUUUAGUUCAAUGGUUACCAGAAAUAAAUAAAAUUUCUCCCAAUGUUCCACUUAUUCUUGUUGGAACACAUUUAGAUGAAAGGACAAAUCUUAAUUCAAUAAUGGAGCUCCAAAGAAUAGGACAAAAACCGGUGGACUUUUCAAAGGGUAAAUCUAUUGCAGAUCAACUGUCUGCAGAAUACGUUGAAUGUUCUGCUUUGACACAAAGAUGUUUAAAGGAUGUUUUUGAUAAGGCUAUAGUUACUGCAAUGAAUGGAGUAAAGGAAAAGCAUGAAAAAGGAAAUAAAUUGGGUGCUAAAAUUAAUGCCAAGUUUCAAACAGCAAAAGCCGUACUAUUAGAAAAACAAAGUUCUGUUAAUUUAAAAGAAGGUUUCAGGAAAUUUGUCUCAAUGACUAAAAAACUUAUAUAA